AUGGAUCUCAAGUUUGACGAGCUCCCGAACCCCAGAAGAGUAUGGGUCGGUAUGCCAGGAAGCCACGAAGAAGGCAUCGGACGGCUAGUUCUUCUCACAGAGGAAAACGUCCGCGAAGCAGCCUCUGAAGAGAUCUGUCUUGGUAGACGUGUUGGUCUGAACUGGGAGCUCACGAAAAUGGAACAACCAAGUUUCGGGAGGAAGGAGUGUGAGCAUAGCAUCGUAUCGAUCCUCGACGGCGCGUGCUUUGACGACGUUUAUCAUUUCAAUCCACAACAGAGCAGUCAAUGGGACGGACUGCGGCAUUUUGGACAGCCCUCUAUUUCCAAAUCUCCUUUCUGCUCCGGAUCACAACUGGAGGGACGAAGGGACCGCGUUUUCUAUGGCGGUACUACCGAGGAUGAGAUCCUGGAUCGAUCCAAUUCUAGGAUCGGUAUUCACCACUGGGCACGUGAAGGUAUUACCGGCCGCGGUGUGCUGAUUGACUAUGCAUCAUGGGCUGACAAGAAACACAUCAAAUACUCUGCCUUUUCUCAACACAGCAUCAAGUUGAGCGAUGUCCUAGCUAUUGCCAGUGAGAACAAUGUUGUAUUCAAGAAAGGUGAUAUCUUGUUGAUUCGCAGCGGGUUCACGCGAGAAUGGGACAAAAUGUCCCCCGACGCCAAAAAGGCAUAUGCAGCCUCGCUACUGCCCAAACAUGCUGGUCUCGAGGCAAGCAUGGAGGUCUUGAGAUGGAUAUGGGAUGCAGGGUUCGCAGCGGUGGCUGGGGAUGCCGUUUCCUUUGAGGUAUUCCCGCCCCUCGGCCAAUUCACCCUUCAUGAGUAUCUAAUUGCUGGAUGGGGGAUGCCCAUUGGCGAAAUGUUUGAUCUUGAGAGGCUUGCUGAGGUGUGUAAGGAACUUGGUCGAUCGACGUUCUUCUUCACAUCAAUGCCCCUUAAUAUGCCUGGUGGGGUAUCAUCUCCACCGAACGCGCAAGCAAUCUUUUAA